CACUCCACUCGCCGCUUUUGUUCAACGCCACGCGAUUCCAGUGCCGAAAUAAAAAAAUGUGAAAAAAAUAUUCGUUCGUUCGCAAUUCAAAAUCAUGGGAUCCGCUGCAUCAUCAGCGGGGGAGACGCCGGGCGCGGAUCUGACGCUGCCGGCUUCCGGCCUUCACUUCUCCGCCGGCCAGCUCCGCUGUCUCAACGACUACGUGGACAAGCUGUAUGAGGAUGAUCAGAAAGGUCGCAUGAGCAUCGAGGCGGAGUACUCCGUGGAGACUCUGGUGCAGCGGCUGGUGGACGGCGCCGGGCAGCGCGACCCGCGGUUCCGCUGUGCGCACAUGAUCGCGCUGCAUCGGGGGAAAAAGAUGCGGUCAAGGUCACUGGAGUACCUGAUCACACUGGACGGUCUCCCGGCGCUGGACUCGGGCGGGUGCGCGCUGCAGGACGGGCCGGUGGGCUACGGCAAGAUCCGGCUCGAGGGACCAGAAGCUGACCGCUGGGCGGAAUUCAUGACGCCUACAGGGUAUCUGUGCAGGGACAAGGUGGUAGAGCGCUGGGUGGAGCUGCUGGCGCGGUGCGCGGCGGCGCGCGGUGGGGGCGCCUCGCGCGCGCUGUGCGCCCGGGCACAUGCGCACGCGCAGCCAUACACCUACUGCUACUUGGAGAGAGUGUCAUCCGCCCAGCCGCCUACGGAGCGGCGUCUGGCCAUCGUGGAGGGCGGCGCGUGGGUGAUGGUGAGGGCGGGCGACGCGGAGGCCAAGCUGAUGCUGGGCGCGCGCGCGCCGGGCUGCAGCGCCGCCGCGUACGCCACGCGCGUGCCGCUCACGCACCCGCUGGCGUUACUGCAUUAUACUAGUGCCCAGACGGGCUACUACGCCGUGGCGGCUGCUCCCCCCUCCUCCACUGUCUGCGGGGAGCGCGCGGCGACCUGGCAGCUGUGGCACCCGGCGCUCGAGGCCAGCCUGGACGCACACCAUGAUCACCUGUCCACCGUCGCCAGGAUCACCGGAGCCCUGAACUGCCUGGUGGAUAGGAUGAGGGAGGGGUCCUACCAGGGUUCCCUGCAGCUGCUGAGCCGGUACGCGUGCUGGUGCGCGGCGGCGCGGCGGCUGCUGCGGGCGGCGCGGCUGCGGCUGCCGGCGCGGGCUCUCCCCGCCCCGCACAGAGCGCAUCACCUGCUGCUGAUACUGGAUGAUCUGGUGCAGGUGUGCGAGCGGGACUCAGUGGCGGGCUUCGUGUAUCCGGUGGGCCGGGCCUCACUAACGCGACGAGGGGCGAGAGGUCCCCACUGGGCCGGUGAUGCGGCCGCGAUCCGCGCCUGCUUGCUGGAGUUACAGGCUAGGGCAGAAGCAACCGAACCUCUUCCACCGACUCCAUCGGAAACCCUGGAAGCAGCCCUCCUGGGCAAGUGGGAGGCGGUUUGUCGGGAAGGUGGUGGCGCGACGGGCGCGGGCAGCUACACGCGCCGCCAGCUGCACUAUCUCCGCCGGCUGCUGCACGAGCUGGUCGCUUGUAAGGAGGCUGUGCCGUAUCAACAGCACACCAUGUUCCGGAUGAACCUGCUGCAGGCGACGUCCCAGCACCAGGAGUCGCUGGAGCGCCUCAUCCACCUGCUGGCCAUCAUGCUGGACCAGGCGCGCGAAAUGUACCUCACUAACGUCCACGCCAGACUAGACCUGGACAAGGAGUUGUCCAAUUACAGAUCUAAGAAAUGGAACAAGCUCCGUGACUACUACGACGCAUCGUCCGCUCUCCUCGUGGACGCCGUGCGGAGGGACCCCCACACGCGGCGGGAGGACCUCGCUGAUAAUAUCACGUUAAUGAAGACACUCCUUGGCUGGUUGUAUAAAGGUGCGAAAGAAGACAAGAAAUACCUUAGCCCGGUUCUGAAGCCCUUUCUGGACGAGCUCUACUCCUCAUCCCAGGAGAACUGCUGGUUCCUGGAGGAGUUCGACGCCAGGAGGUGCGGGGGGGAGUUCCGGGGGCUGCGGGAGUACUGCAUGGGGGUGCACAAUGGCGUGGAGCCGUGCGAGGGACUGAUGGAGGCGGCGAUGAAGUAUGCCUGGGCGAAGGCCAUGGUGGACAUCGUGGAUCGGUAUAGGCAUACUGAGUUCCGUCUGAUCUUCCCGACGGGCGGGGGUCUGGCGGUGUCGUACGCGGCGCGGGUGCGGGCGACGCGCGCGCUGACGCUCAGCCGCCGCGACCGCGCCGCCGCCAAGCUGCGCCUCGCUCGCCGUGCUGUUGCCGCCGCCUUCCACGACGCGCUCGUUGGCGACAGGUACCACCACAAGCGCAUUAGCCAAAACACCGACGAGAUCCUAGCCAGCGUGAAGCUCGGCAACUACUGGCGGAACAGCACCAAGCCGGACGUGAUCCCCCCACCAGAAGACCAGCCCCGAAGACGUCGCAGUAGACGCAGUAGACCGCUCACCACCGACGGCUUCCCGGAAAUCUCCAUCACGAACCAAUCAGACACCAAGACGAUGAGGAAGAAGUAUCAUACGUUGAAGAAUUUGGUGUACACGGAACCCGUGGAGAGCAUCAAGGAGUUGAAGGAGAGGCCGCGGUCUGCCGGGUCCACCCUCAGGAAGAAGGAGGCGCUGACCAGACCGAGUAUACUGGAGACCCUGGACUUUAUUAAUACUGUCAAAGAUUCUCUAUGUGUAUCAGAGUCCGGGACAUCCGACACGGAGGACUCUGGUGGGGGAUGGGGCGGUGCGGACGCGUGGGUGGUGUCGCAGGCAGCGCCGCUCAACCUGGUGGCGGGCCGCGCCGGCGCUCGCGCGCUCACACACACUGCCGCCGACCUGGUGGAGGCGCUCAUGGCCAGGGGGAAGUUCACGGUGCUGCAGGAGCUGUGCGGGUGGCUGGAGGGCGGGGAGCGCGAGGCGGCGCUGUUCGCGCUGUACCGCCUCGCGCGCGCCGCCCGCGCCCGCAGCGCCGACAGACACAACACGUGGCAUCUCCCGGAGCCCGACGAGGAUCUGGUCCCGCAGCGGUACCGCGCGCGCGGCCCCGACGAGUUGUCGGGGGAUGAGGCGCCGCCGCAGCCGCCGCCGCUGCCGAGACUCACACCUCCUGCGCCUGCCCCGCCUAUCCAAACCGAAAUACCGCUGCACCAAAACUGCACGGGGAUUAUCAAGACGGUGCAGAUGCCGAAUAAGUUUACCGUCAAACGCACAAAGUCGCUCGGCCGGAGCUUCUCCAGCCGCCAGCACCCGGAUGUGGCCCGGUACACCGUCUCCAGGAGGAACGACGUGGUCACCGCCAUCACCGGCACCAGCGGGGAGACGGCCCUGGACGGGAGGAACGGGAGAACCAGGAACGGUGUUGGGGAGUACCGCCUCAGUAGGAUUACUAUAGAUUGAUGAUAUUGUGAUAAUUUAGAACAAUGUUAUUUC